AUGGACGCCGAUGCAGAGUACCUGGGGACUCGGCUGCCUGCUCCCCCACCUUUCAGCGCAGAGCUGGGGGCUGCGCCUCUGGCUGCUUCCCUGGGGCCACACACGCGCAGGUGUUCAGGAGAACCCACAGCUCCGAAGCGGAAAGGACGGGGCUGCAGGAGAACCACAUCCACCAAUCCCCCGGGGAAGGACAAACCAAGCGCUCGCCUGCGGGCAGACGCGGGCUUUACCCCUCACCCCGUCCUCCGGAGAAGCUUGUCAGGGCAGAGCGGGCUCAGCGAGCGGCGAAGCCACCGCAGGCGGCGAGGGCUGGGGCGCAGGCACCGACACGCAGAUGCCCUGGCAACGCCCAAGGUGGCUCAGCGCGAGGAGGCCUUGCAGCACGUCGGCGGUGUCCGUGCCCCCUUCCCUGCAGAGACGCGCUGUGCCUACAGGCAGGCACAAGCUGCUGCAGCCGCGCGGCGAACGGAUCCGACGGCCCCAUUUCAUCCCCGCUCCGCGGCCCUGACACGGGAGAGCAAAGCCCUGGUGCUCACCAAGCACCCCCGAUCCUGGCGUGGGAGCGACCUGUGGUGUCACAUGGAAAUAAUGGGCUUUAGAAGGAGCGGGAUGGAAGCGGAAAGCGGCAGAAGGGAACAAGGAAAGAAAAUAGUGCUGAAGCCCUAUGUGGUGAACGAGAUGGAAUAUGAGGCCAGUCUCCCCGAGAAGAAGUCAAACACACUCUCCCGAGACCUCAUUGACUACGUGCAGUACAUGAUACAGAACCAUGGGGAGAACUACAAGGAAAUGGCUCGAGAUGAGAAGAACUACUACCAGGAUACUCCCAAGCAGAUUAAGAGAAAGAUCAAUGUGUACAAGAAUUUCUAUCCUGAGGAGUACAAGGAUUUCAUUGCAUCACUCAAGCAGGAAAAGAUGGACGUGCAGUGA